AACUGGAGUUUGAGUAAAGUUCCUGCAGCUCCUGUCUUGCUUACUUCAGUGCUGCUGAGAGGGCUAAUGGCUGUAGAGAGGGUGAAUGUUGCCAGGGCCAGGGGGCUGCGUUGGCUCUUGGUGCUGCUGUUGCUCUGCCCCAAUGUAUAUACGGAGCCCAUUACUAUAAGCAUCGCUGUCGGUACGGCUGCAGUUCUCACAGGCUACUUGUCCUACCCGCGCUUCUACUGCUACUGGUCCGAGUGCUGUGAGCCCGAGCGGCCGCUCAACCAAUCAGGCCUACAGGCCGAUCUGAGGGGAAAGUUCUUUGGGCAGCACUUGGCUCAAGAGGUGAUAUAUCGAGCUUUGUCUGGUUUCAUGACCAACACGAAUCCUAAAAAGCCGCUGGCCCUGUCUCUGCAUGGAUGGUCUGGAACUGGCAAGAACUUUGUCAGCAAAAUCAUUGCAGACAAUAUAUACGGACUGGGAAUGAACAGUAAAUUUGUCCAUCUUUUUGUCGCCACUCACCAUUUCCCUCAUGACAGCAAUCUUCAACAGUACAAGGAUCAGCUGCACACGUGGAUCCGUGGGAAUGUCACUCUGUGUCCUCGCAAUUUGUUUAUAUUCGAUGAGAUGGACAAGAUGCACCCGGAGCUUAUCAAUGCCAUCAAACCCUUCCUGGAGUAUUAUGACAAUAUAGACGGGGUGUCCUAUCGGAAUUCUAUCUUCAUUUUCCUUAGCAACGGCGGAGGGGAUCUGAUUACCCGCAAAGUGUUAGACUUUUGGACGGAAGGGAAGCAGAGGGAAGAUCUGCAGUUACAGGACUUUGAGAGUGUGAUUUCUCUCGGCAUAUUUAACAACCAAAAAAGUGGAUUUUGGCACAGCAGCCUCAUUGACAAGAACCUCAUCGAUUUCUUUGUUCCCUUUCUGCCUCUGGAGUACAGGCACGUAAAGCAGUGCAUCAUCGCAGAAAUGCAGCACAGAGGCAAGCCAGUAAACAUGGAGCUGGUGGAGAAAGUGGCUAGAGAGAUGACUUACUACCCGAAGGAGCAGAAACUGUUCUCUGACAAAGGAUGUAAAACAGUGUCGGCCAAAUUAGACUUUUAUCUGUGAAUUCCUUCAGGGGACAAUGCCGCGGCUCUGCCAUAAAUGGGACAUUAUGGGGUUUGAGCAGCUCAGAUUGGGGCUGGGAACUUUCUUAAAGGAACAGUAACAUCAAAAAAUUGAAAAGUGUUUAAAGUAAUAAAAAUAUAAUGCAGUUUUGCCUUGCACUGGUAACUACUGUGUUUGCU